AUGUCAAGUUUCGCCAAACAAAUCCCAAAAUCAGUCAAAGAAGUUCGGUUACAUUUCUGUCAAACAUCAGGUCAUUCAGCUGGUGUCCGAAAAUUCAUACAAUCAACUUAUCCUUCUAUCAAAUCAUCUAAUCCAGACUUGAAAUUCUUGAUUAGAGAAGCUAGUGAUAUUUCUCCUAGAGCAUUCGUAAGAUUUGAACGAGGAGCAGAGUCACAAACUCCCUUGGCUGAUCUAUCCGAGUCUCAAGUAUCGACAGAAUUAGGUAGAUUGAUCAAUUCUCAAACUGUUGGAAAGGCAUAA